CACGUGGCUUAUAUUCAUUGGCUCAUUAACUGUUUGUCAUAAAUCAUUUUAAGAAAAACUCGGACACUCUCUCGCUUCGCUUCAGGAUUUUCGCCGCCGCCUCCUCCGGUAAGAUUCAGAUAUGGCCACCGUCACAACCAAUGCGCCGCCUAAAUCCUUCUCCUUCUCUGUUUCCAAUCCUCUGAAACACCUAAUCACCAACUCUCCAUCUCUCUGCUUUCCACAUCGCAAGAAGCACCAGCGUCUAUGCCUAUCCAUAAACGCCGCCGUAUCGUCACCGCCUUCAACCGACACCCGAAACGCACCUUCACCGGAUUACAGAGUCGAGAUCCUCUCCGAAUCCUUACCCUUCAUCCAAAAAUUCCGAGGGAAGACCAUCGUCGUCAAAUACGGCGGCGCGGCCAUGACGUCUCCGGAGCUCAAAGCCUCCGUCGUCAGCGACCUCGUCCUCCUCGCGUGCGUCGGUCUCCGUCCGAUCCUCGUCCACGGCGGAGGUCCCGAUAUCAACCAUUACCUGAAACAACUCAACAUCCCAGCUGAGUUCCGCGACGGUCUUCGCGUGACGGACGCCACGACGAUGGAGAUCGUCUCCAUGGUUCUCGUCGGAAAAGUCAACAAGAAUCUCGUUUCGCUGAUCAACGCGGCCGGAGCUACUGCAGUGGGGUUGUCGGGGCACGACGGUCGUCUUCUAACCGCACGACCGGUUCCUAACUCAGCUCAGUUAGGUUUUGUCGGAGAAGUUGCAAGGGUUGAUCCAAACGUGUUGCGUCCCCUCGUUGACUACGGUUACAUUCCGGUGAUUGCGUCUGUUGCGGCGGAUGAAGCUGGUCAAGCUUAUAACAUCAAUGCAGAUACGGUGGCGGGGGAGCUCGCGGCGGCGCUGGGAGCUGAGAAGCUGAUUCUGCUGACUGACGUGGCGGGGAUCUUGGAGGAUAAAGAUGAUCCGAGUAGCUUGGUGAAGGAGAUUGAUAUAAAGGGAGUGAAGAAGAUGAUUGGAGAUGGGAAAGUUGCUGGUGGGAUGAUUCCGAAGGUUAAGUGUUGCAUAAGGUCUCUUGCGCAAGGAGUGAAGACGGCUAGUAUUAUUGAUGGGAGGAGACAACAUUCUCUGCUUCAUGAGAUUAUGUCUGAUGAAGGUGCUGGAACUAUGAUUACUGGAUGAAGUUUUGAUGUAAUAUAUGAUCUCGAUCAUCAAAAUCAAGUUCAUCUUUUUGUAUUUGGUAAUGUCAAUGCUUGUGUGGUUAGUUGAGUUAAUCUUUUUCUCUCUUUGGAGACAAUAAGGAUAGUUGAGUUAAUCUUCUUCUUUCUCUUUUGCUUGGCUUUGUUACUGUUUCUACAUUCUGUCAAACUGUCUGAUUCAGUCUAAGAGUUUUGCCAUA